CGGACGCUUCGAGGCGAAUGAGCAGGCAUCGAAAACAUGCCUGGGCACCUUCGUUCAACUACUGUCAACAUGGAGGCUGUCAAGCAAGAAGACGUCGAACCUCGUCCGACGAAUGUUCAGGUACCAAACACAAACUGCGCAAACCACAGUGCCGAAGACUGGCCAGGUGACGUUGGAUUCCAAGUUAAGUUCAAAGAUUAUGCAUCAACAAACAACGUUUGGACGUACUCGGAAGACAGGCGCAAGCUUUACACCGUGAUGGGCAACGCGGUUCCAGUUCAUUUCGUCACUGACCAAGCUCAGCCUCCAGGUACGACUGUUUGCAUUGUCGCCGUGUAUCGAGAUCCAGGUCUGAGGCUCAAAAAUAUUCGCCGGUGUUCUUUACACGCUGUGGGAUCGGACGGAAAGAAUAAUUCUCGUGAUCACUGGAUGCUUUGCGAUAACCCAGCCACCGUGUACUCCGAAGAUGAAGCAAACGGGCAGCGUAACUUUCUCACAGUUCCUUUCGAGGAUCCGGAUCGUGAAAGUAACGAUCUGUUUACGUACAGGUUGCGUUUCAUGUGUCGCAACAGCUGUGCAGGCAGCAUUAACCGACGGGCUACUGCAGUGCUUUUUAUUCUACGAUCUCCGGAAGGUCGAGACAUUGCACGUCGUGUCGUGGAAGUGAAGGCUUGUGCUUGUCCGCGUCGCGAUCGGCAGCGCGAUGAAAUGCAGCGGAAGCGUGCACCGUCCGACAACGAAGAUGGCAAAAAGAUUUACACAAUUUAUGUCUAUGACAAGGAGAGGUACGAAUUUCUGCGUGGAGUUAAGGACUCCUUGGAGAGUUUUGAAGCAGAGAAGGCGACGAAGAAAAAGAAGACGGCAACCCAAACCGUUCGCGAACAUACCAAGAACUAG